AUGGAUUCUGGAAGGUCACUUAUUGUUACAUUUGUAUAUGCAAAAUGUGACUCUACUGAAAGAAUUGAAUUGUGGGACAGCUUAUAUGCACUUGCGAGAGAUAUGGAUCUUCCUUGGCUAGUGGGAGGAGAUUUCAAUGUUAUCUGGGAUGAAGAAGAAAAAUUUGGAGGCCGGCCCAUCCACAUGAAUGAGUGGAAUGGUCGAGGUGAAGAUGACUGCAUUUUCAAGCGACUAGACAGAAUAUUAGCAAAUGCAGAAUUCCAACAGAUGUUUGCAGCUUUAGAGGCCUCUACAGUCCCAAUCAAGAGGUCCUUCAAAUUUUUGAAUUUCUGGACAAAAAAUCCAACUUUCAAAAAUACAGUAGCAGAAAACUGGACAGCAGACUUUAAUGCGAACCCUUUCACUUUGUUCAAUCACAAGCUCAAAAAGGUGAAGAAAGCUCUUUCAAUCUGGAGCAAGGCUACAUUUGGAAAUAUUUUUGAAAAGAUUGCUAGUUUGGAAGAGGUGGUCUUAGUUCAUGAAGCACAAUUCGAGUUGAAUCCUUCUUUUCAGAAUAGAGAAAGACUUAUGAAAGUUCAAGCUGAGUUCAUAAAAUACUUAACGCUAGAGGAGGAAUUUUGGAAACAAAAAUCUGGAUUGUCAUGGUUCAAAGAUGGAGAUAGGAACACAAAAUUCUUUCAUGCACAAGUCAUGGGAAGAAGGAAAAGGUUGGAAUUGAAGAGAAUCUAA